CAUAGACAUUAAUUCCCUUUGAAUCUCGCCCCCGUUCCGUUACCUCCUCACACCACUGUCUAUGGAAGCCCGAAAGCUUUCCUUAUCCCUCGCCUCGCGCCUCAGGUGAAGUCGACAUUAUGGCGGCACCUGCUCCCUCUACAGCGAGCUUAGAGCGCGUCGUGCAGGACCUCCGCUCAAAAAAUGAUGAUGCCCGACAGAAGUCAGCUCUACAAUUGCGCUUGACAGUUGAAGCUGCGCACCGAGAGCUCGCACCCAGCGUCUUCCAGAACUUCUAUAGCGAAGUCAACCUCCGAAUAUCCGCCCUCAUCGUAAACGGUAGCGAUUCGAAUGACCGCAUCGGCGGUCUCCACGCCCUUAAUGCCCUGGUGGAUUUCAAAGGCGACGAUGCGGGCCAGAAGACGACCCGCUUCGCAAGCUACCUGCGAAGUAUCAUGCGAGGCAACGACUAUGCCGCCAUGAUAGUUGCAGCGAAGACACUAGGAAGGUUAGCAAAGCCUGGUGGAACACUGACCGCAGAACUCGUCGAGGCCGAGGUCAAAGCUGCCCUGGAAUGGCUCCAGCUAGAGCGUACCGAGAACCGCCGCUUCGCUGCCGUAUUGAUCAUCCGGGAACUCUCCAAGAACUCGCCAACUCUCAUGUAUCAGUGGAUUGCGCAAAUCUUCGAGGUCAUCUGGGUCGCACUUCGAGAUCCCAAAGUGCUCAUCCGUGAAUCCGCCGCCGAGGCAAUCAGCGCGUGUUUCGAGAUCAUAUCUCCUCGAGAUUCACAACUGCGAGCACAGUGGUUUGGAAGAGUGUAUGAUGAGAUACUUAAGGGGUUCCAAAUAAACACGAACGAAGCUAUACACGGAUCCUUGCUUACGAUGAAGGAGCUAUUGCAUAAGAGCGCCAUGUUCUUGGGCGAGCAGAAGUACAGGGAGACUGCCGAGACAGUCUUGAAAUAUCGUGACCACCGCGACGGUCUUGUUAGAAGAGAAGUGGUUCUUAUCAUUCCUAUCUUAGCAAGCUAUUCACCGACCGAUUUCGCCACCAAGUAUCUCCACCAAUGUAUGCUACACCUCCAAGGCCUUAUCCGGAAGGACCGCGACCGGGACAAGGCUUUCCUUGCUAUUGGGCAAAUCGCGAAUGCCGUGGGCGUUGCUAUUGCGCCAUAUAUCGACGGAAUCUUAGGUUUUAUCCAAGAGGGUCUUGCGGCUAAAGCACGAAACAAAAUCGCAAUCAACGAAGCUCCUAUCUUCUCAUGUCUUAGCAUGGUUGCUGCUGCCGUUGGUCAAGCGUUAAGCAAAAACGUCGAACGACUCCUAGAUCCCAUGUUCUCAUGUGGCCUCAGCGAUUCCUUGUUCCAAGCUCUUGUCGAUAUGGCGCAUUACGUUCCUCCUUGUCGACCUAUCAUCCAAGAAAAGUUGCUUGACCUCUUGAGCCAGAUUCUCGCUGGUCGACACUUCUUGCCUUUGGGUAACCCUUAUCAAGGAUCACAACCACCUCAAAUCUGGACGCGCGAUCACAAAGACCCCACAAUCAUUCAGGCAAAGGAGCAAGAAAUUGCACUUGCCCUCCACACAUUAGGCAGCUUCGACUUCACGGGCCAUCUUCUGAACGAAUUCGUCCGCGAUGUUGCCAUUCGCUACGUCGAAGCCGAUAAUACUGAGAUCCGAAAGCGCGCGGCUUUGACCUGCUGUCAGCUCUUCGUUAAGGACCCGAUCGUACAUCAGACAAGCAUGCACGCAACCAAGGUUGUCGGAGAUAUAAUCGAGAAAUUGCUCACCGUUGGCGUUGGUGACAUUGACCCCGAGAUCCGUUGGGAGGUUCUCAUGGCCCUCGACGCUCGGUUUGAUCGUCAUCUAGGAAAGGCUGACAAUGUCAGAACCUUAUUCCUUGCUCUGAAUGAUGAGGUCUUUGCGAUCCGUGAGGCUGCCAUGUCGAUCAUUGGUCGACUUACACGAAUCAACCCAGCCUAUGUUUUCCCUUCACUCCGCAAGGUUCUUCUCCAACUUCUGACCGAAGUGCAAUACUCGAAUAGCCCUAGGAAUAAAGAGGAGAGCGCAAAACUAAUCAGUCAUCUUGUCGGGGCAGCUGAUUAUCUGAUCAAACCUUUGGUGGAUCCGAUUGUCUCUGUCUUGUUACCAAAAACAAGAGACUCUAAUCCAGAAGUUGCGUCCACAACUAUAAAGGCCAUCGGAGACCUAGCCACGGUUGGUGGUGAGAAUAUGACGAAAUACAUCCCCGAAAUCAUGCCAAUCAUACUCGAAUUCAUGCAGGAUCUGGGGUCGAAUUCAAAACGAUUUUCGGCUCUACGAACUCUGGGCCAGAUUGCCACCAACGCAGGCUAUGUCAUGGAACCCUACCGCGACUAUCCUGAGCUUAUGAACAUACUCAUGACCAUCGUCAAAGCCGAGCCAGAAGGCGAGCUUCGACGCGAAACAGUCCGGUUAAUGGGAACAUUGGGAGCUCUCGACCCCGACGAGUACCAGAAGAUCAUCGAGCAAUCGCCAGAUAAACACUUGAUCGCCGAGUCCCAGGCAGUUACCGAUGUGUCUUUGAUCAUGCAAGGCGUCACACCGUCCAAUGAAGAGUACUAUCCUACUAUUGUCAUUAGCACUUUGAUGUCAUUGCUGAAGGACAACUCCCUUGCGCAAUACCACAGCGCUAUUGUCGACGCUGUUAUGAACAUCUAUGCGACUAUGGGUCUCAAGUGUGUUCCUUUCUUGAACCAGGUCGUUCCGGGCUUUUUGACAGUCAUUCGAGGAGCGCCUGUGGGACGUGUAGAGGGCUACUUCAACCAACUCAGCGGUCUUGUUAAGAUCGUCCGCCAGCACAUUCGCCCGUAUCUCAGGGACAUUCUCAAGGCUAUCCAAGAUUUCUGGGAGCCGAACCCAAAUCUCCAAGCCACCAUUCUAUCCCUUAUCGAAUCCAUAGCUCGCUCCUUGGAAGGAGAGUUCAAGGUGUACUUAGCGGAUGUACUCCCGCUCAUGCUAAGUGUCUUGGACGCCGAUCAAACUGGGAAGCGCCUACCUUCAGAGAAGGUAUUGCACGCAUUCUUGGUUUUCGGUUCCAGUGCCGAAGAAUACAUGCAUCUGAUCAUUCCUGUGAUCAUCCGCAUGUUUGACAAAUCUGGUCAGCCUACGGCCAUCCGCAGACAGGCUAUUGAGACCCUUGGUCGUUUGUCUAAACAAGUUAACAUUUCUGAGUUCGCAGCGCGGAUCAUUCAUCCGUUGUGCCGUGUCCUUGCAGGCUCGGAGUCUUCACUGAAAACCACCGCUUUGGAGACACUUUGCGCUCUCGUUUACCAGUUGGGACCUGACUAUACCCACUUUGUUCCGACUGUGAACAAGAUAUUGGAGAAGAGCAAAGUACCUCACUCCAACUAUUCUCUCAUUGUGUCCAAGCUACAAAAGGGAGAAUCUCUUCCACAAGAUUUGAGCCCAGGCGAGCGAUACGGGGAGGAUGACGAAGACCUCAAUCCGGCCGAAAUUCUUACCAAGAAAUUGGCUGUCAAUCAACAGCACUUGAAGCAGGCAUGGGAAGCGUCGUCGAAAACCACCAAAGAAGAUUGGGUGGAAUGGAUGAGGCGAUUCUCCAUUGAGUUGCUUCGAGAGUCACCACAACAGGCACUCCGAGCAUGCACACCACUUGCUAGUAUUUACAAUCCGAUCGCACGCAGCCUCUUCAAUUCUGCCUUCGUUUCAUGCUGGACUGAAUUGUACGAUCAAUAUCAGGAGGAGCUGGUGCGUUCGAUUGAAACUGCGCUCACUUCUCCCAACAUCCCUCCCGAAAUUCUCCAGAUUCUACUCAAUUUGGCCGAGUUUAUGGAGCACGAUGACAAGGCCUUGCCUAUCGAUGUGCGGAUCCUGGGCAUGUAUGCUGGAAAAUGCCAUGCCUUCGCAAAGGCGCUGCACUACAAGGAACUUGAGUUCAACGCCGAGCAAAAUGCCAGUGCAGUAGAAGCACUCAUCAGCAUCAACAACCAACUACAACAGACUGACGCCGCUUUUGGUAUCCUGCGAAAAGCUCAAGGUUACCAAGACGUAGAGCUGAAAGAGACAUGGUUCGAAAAGCUGCAUAAAUGGGAAGAGGCGCUGCAAUCGUACCAGCGAAAAGAGAAAGACGAUCCUGACUCAUUUGAAAUCACGAUGGGUAAAAUGCGUUGCUUGCACGCCCUCGGUGAAUGGGACCUACUAUCAAGCCUCUCAAAGGAGAAGUGGGCGAACGCUUCUCAAGAAUACCGCAAAGCCAUCGCACCUCUCGCAGCGACUGCCGCAUGGGGUCUGGCCAAGUUUGCGGACAUGGACGCCUAUUUGGCUGUCAUGAAGGAGCAAUCACCCGAUAGAGCUUUCUUCGCAUCCAUUCUCAAUAUCCACAACAACCGCUUCGAAGUGGCCGCAGAAGAAAUCAGCAAAGCCCGGAAGGGUCUUGAUACCGAGCUGAGCUCGUUGCUUGGUGAAUCCUACCAGCGAGCCUACCUCCCUAUGAUCCGUGUGCAGAUGAUGGCCGAGUUGGAGGAGAUCAUCCAAUACAAGCAGUGCGAAAACAACGAAGAGAAGAAGGCCAGUAUGCGCGCUACCUGGAUGAAACGUCUCAAGGGUCUCCAGCCCAACCCCGAAGUCUGGCAGCGAAUGAUGAAGGUUCGACAACUAGUCAUCAGCCCAGAGGAGAGCAUGGAGAUGUGGAUCAAAUACACGAACCUCUGCCGCAAGAACGAGCGCCCUACACUAGCAGAAAAGGCCCUCCAGAAGCUGUUAGGCAUCGAUGGAGGUAACAUCUUCACUCAUGUUCGGGAGCAUGCUCACGAGAUACCAUGGCCUGUAUCAUACGCAACCUAUAAGUUCAUGUGGGUAGCAGCUGGUGGAGUUCACAAAGGAGAAGCCCUAGAGUCUCUGAAGGAUUUCACGUCCCGACUGUCCGAAGACCUCGCUAUGAGAGCACGCGCUGCACAGAACCCCAUGAUGCAGAAUGGAAUGAAUGGAAUGAACGGGAUUAAUGGUAUGAAUGGAAUCAAUGGAAUCAACGGCAUGAAUGCGAUGGCCAAUGGCAAUGCUGCCAAUUCUAUGAAUCCUUUCGCCGCUGCUAACGGUAUCAACGGCCUGAAUGGAUCCAGUUUGCUCACCAAUUCGGGCGCUGGAGGGUCGCCGGCUGAACUCGCGGAAUGCCACCGCCUCCUAGCCAAAUGCUACCUCAAGCAGGGUGAUUGGCAGGCUGACCUGUACCACGGCGAAUGGGACCAUGAUCAAGUCCAUGAGAUUCUAUCUGCCUACGCUGCUGCAACGCGAUACAACCAAGGCUGGUACAAGGCCUGGCAUGCAUGGGCUCUGGCCAACUUCGAGGUCGUCAAUUCCAUGACGUCUAAGGCCGAUCGUGAGACAACGGAGAUUCCGCCGAAUGUUGUUCACGACCACGUCGUCCCCGCCAUACAAGGCUUCUUCAAGUCUAUUGCUUUGUCAUCUACGAGCUCACUGCAGGAUACUCUUCGUCUCCUUACGCUGUGGUUCAGCCACGGUGGACUGCCAGAAGUCAAUCGUACAAUCGCCGAGGGCACUAAGACCGUCCCGAUUGACACCUGGCUUGAAGUCAUUCCACAAUUGCUUGCUCGUAUCAAUCAGCCAAAUCCUACCGUUCGACAGUCCAUCCAUCAACUCUUGGUCGAAGUCGGCAAAGCACAUCCCCAAGCUCUGGUCUUCCCUUUGACUGUGUCCAUGAAGUCCGAUGUAUCACGUCGCCAGCGAUCAGCAAAGGAGCUAAUGGAGGCCAUGCGAGAACACUCUCCCAAGCUUGUAGAACAGGCCGAUCUUGUCAGCACGGAGCUUAUUCGUAUCGCCGUUUUGUGGCACGAGCAAUGGCACGAAGGUCUAGAGGAAGCAUCCAGGCUUUACUUCGGCGACCACAACGUAGACGGCAUGUUUGCCGUGCUCGCACCUCUGCACGCAAUGCUCGACAAAGGCCCAGAGACACUUAGGGAGAUAUCUUUCAUUCAGUCGUUUGGUCGAGAGCUACAAGAGGCUCGUGACUGGUGCAAUACUUUCCGUACGUCUGGCGAGAUGGGCGAUCUCAAUCAAGCUUGGGAUCUGUACUACCAGGUCUUCCGCAAGAUUGCUCGCCAAUUGCCAUCACUCAUGAGCCUAGAGCUUCAGUACGUCUCGCCUAAGUUGAAAGACGCACAUGAUCUAGAGCUGGCUGUUCCCGGAACGUAUCAAGUUGGCAAGCCGAUUAUUCGCAUUGCCUCCUUCGAUCCCGUUGCUACAGUGAUUCAGUCGAAGCAAAGACCAAGGAAAUUGGAAAUGAGGGGUAACGACGGCAAGGCCCACACCCAUAUCUUGAAGGGUCAUGAAGAUAUACGACAGGAUGAACGUGUCAUGCAACUUUUCGGCCUCUGUAACACCCUCCUCAUGAACGACACGGAGAGCCGCAAGCGUCAUUUGAACAUUGCACGCUACUCUGCCAUUCCACUGUCCACACAAUCUGGACUCCUCGGCUUCGUGCCCAACAGCGACACACUCCAUGUCCUCAUCAGAGAAUACCGUGACAGUCGAAAGAUUCUCCUAAACAUUGAGCACCGUAUCAUGCUCCAGAUGGCUCCUGACUAUGACUGCCUCACUCUUAUGCAGAAAGUGGAAGUGUUCGGUUAUGCACUGGACAACACAACUGGUCAAGAUUUGUACCGGGUCCUAUGGCUCAAGAGCAAGAGUUCCGAAGCUUGGCUUGACCGUAGAACAAACUACACCCGGUCCCUCGCAGUCAUGUCAAUGGUCGGUUAUAUCCUUGGCUUGGGAGAUCGUCAUCCUUCCAAUCUAAUGCUUGACCGAGUCACUGGAAAGAUUGUUCAUAUCGAUUUUGGUGACUGUUUCGAGGUUGCCAUGCACCGUGAGAAGUACCCUGAACGAGUGCCGUUCCGUCUUACUCGAAUGUUGACGUACGCUAUGGAAGUCAGCAACAUCGAAGGAAGCUACAGGACCACAUGUGAGCAUGUAAUGCGGGUGUUGCGUAAUAACAAGGAGUCUGUCAUGGCUGUCCUUGAAGCUUUCAUCCACGAUCCACUGCUCACAUGGAGACUCGGCAACCGCGAGUCGCCGCCCGAACCCAACUUCCCCUCUGAGCGCCGACAAUCUAUCAUCGGCGAUGCUGAGCACAUGAGCUCUCUUGUGCGCGGCCGCCACCGAUCCAGUGUCGCACCUCCCAAUGAUGCCGAAGCCAAGGAGGUCCAAAACGCUCGCGCCCUGCAAGUGCUCUCUCGCAUCAAGGAGAAGCUGACUGGCCGCGACUUCAAGCCCGGAGAGGAGUUGAAUGUCUACGCUCAGGUCGAUCGUCUCAUCAAGGAGGCCACAAACUUGGAGAAUCUGUGCCAGCACUACAUCGGUUGGUGUAGUUUCUGGUGAUCCAUAUCACAUCCUUCCCUUUGCUUCUUGGUAGUAUUACAUUCAUCGGUUUCAAACGACAGUGCUCGUUCCUCCUGGAGUAGCAAGGUGUUUUUUUUUUCAAAGGGAAUUCCACACAAGCAUCAAAUGACAUUUUUCUCUUUAUUCCCCUUAGGGCAUGCGUGGUAUUCGGGUGCCUAGGUCUUUUCCUUUUUUCAAUUCUUUUCCGGCGGUGGAGGGCUCGAGUACUCGAGAGUGUGCGAUCUGAUCUACUGUGGCAUUUUAGCGGUGCUUUCGUCCUUGGGGGGCAAAGGCAGAUGGGGAGUCCAUAGUCUAUAACCAGUAGUAUUCGACUAGGAACUCCUCCCGAUUUUCUGCACUACUGAAUGAGGAGGAGAGGAGGGGUGCUGUGUAUUAUAAUUGUUCCUCACGCCCCAUAGGGAUGAGUGUGAAAUGGGGACGGAAUAGAUGAAGAUGCUUU